AUGGCACGACGAAAGCGAAUUCUAGAGGACGAUGAUGACUCAGACUCCUACAAUGGCUCUGAAGCUGAAGAUCUUCCGAUGAACGAAUCUGCAGAUGUUCGCGAAGAACGCGAACUUUUCGAAAAUCCGUAUCAACGAAAGCGGCGAAAGAGGAAUGGCAAGGAGGAAGCAUUGUAUGGAAUAUUUGCCGAGGAUAUUGAUGAAGAAACUAGUAGAGGAAUUCGGGAUCCAAAGAAGAACAAGAGAAGUGAUUGGACAAAGGCGCCUGCUUUCGUAUCCGGGGCGAAGAAAAUUGAUUUUGAAGAGGAAACGGAGUCGAACGUUGAGAAGGACGAGGAAGAGGAUGAGAACGAGCACGCAGAGGAGGAAGAGAGCUCUGAGGGUGAGGGCGAAGGUGAGGGCGCAGAGGAAUCUUCUGACAACGACUCUGACCCUUCCAGGCGCCCUUCACCUCGAAUACGUGAGGAAGACGAAGACGACGACGAAGACAACCCCAUUGCCGCAACAUCUAUCAGCGGCAUUGGCUCUGACAGAAAAGCUGGCAUUGGUAUAGGUUUCUCGAAGGCCGGUGCAACUUCGAGCACUAUCAAAGCUUCCUCAUUCACGUCCUCCAAAGGUGGAAUUGGGUCUCGAAUUUCCGUUACGCAUACUCCAUCAUCCGAUCCACCGUCUGCUUUUACUUCUCAAACAAGAUCAGCAUCUUUUGUACGAGACUCCACGCCCACAGUUCGUCCAGCGGCUCCUCUCAGUUAUGCUGAGCAAGCACACUUCGCCAAACUCUCUGGCUCUUUUGGUGCUCGCAUACUCGGAAAAAUGGGCUGGAAAGCUGGUCAGGGUCUCGGUGCUACCGGCGAAGGUAUCGUCACCCCAAUCGAGAGCAAGAUGAGACCAGAAAAGAGCGGUAUUGCCUUUCGAGGGUUCAAAGAGAAGACGGAGCAAUCAAAGAUGGAGGCGAGGCGACGAGGAGAAGUCGUCAGCGACGAUGAGGAUCCCAAGAUACGAAAAGCAAAGAAAAAGGAACGAGAGGUCAAGGAGAAAAAGGCGGAGGCGUGGAGGAAACCGAGAAAAGUCAAAACAAAGAUCCAACAUAAGACGUAUGAAGAGAUACUCGCCGAGGCCGGUACAGAAACUUCUACUUCUGCUGGCAUUGGGCAGAUCAUAGAUGCAACGGGUGCAGUGCCUCGAGAAGUCAGUUCUCUGGCCGACGUCUCAAUCAACUCAUGGACUCCCACAAUGGACUCUACACGAAUCCCCGAAGUACGGCAUAAUGUUCGUCUCAUCGCGGAAUCGUGCAAGACCGAUCUCGAUGGUCUGGCACGGGAAGGUAAACUUUUAGAGGAAAGGAAGAAGCUAGUAGUCCAAGAGGAUCUUCGACUCCGGAAGAGAAUAGAAGAUGAGGCUGAUUUGAUUGCUCGCCUUCAACAAAUUCACAUUGUCACAAAGGAAAUCGAUGCUAAAGCCAAAGAGCUUUCCGCUGAUUACGAUGCCUCCUUGGAUCAGUUUUCGCCACUUUUUUACCGGCUAACGUCCGAGUUUGAGCCAGAGCUUGACAGAUAUCGGCUUGAUGAGGUGGUUGUUGGUGCUAUUACGCCCUUGGUGCGAAGAAUAGUAGCUCAGUGGCAACCGAUGGAAGAUCCUCGGGUGUUCAUAUCCACUUUCCGGAAUUGGAGGCGCGCCUUGAGAUUCAAUGUCGAGGAUGAAACGCCUCCGGAAACCCAAGUUGACAUAUCCGGGACGAAGACAGUGGUAUCUUCACCAGUUCAAAUCCAAAAGCCCAUGACUCCGUUCGAAAGCCUACUCUGGAACGUAUGGCUCCCGAAAGUUCGAACGUCUUUGAACAACGAGUGGUCAGCUCAUGACCCUCAGCCUGCAAUACGGCUCUACGAAGCAUGGUCGACGUUCUUGCCUCCGUUUAUCCGGGAUAACGUGCUAGAUCAGCUUAUUCUACCAAAAGUGCAGAAGGCGGUUGCGGAUUGGAAUCCGAAGCAGCUUGAUAAGAAAGUUUCGCUACAGACCAUCAUUUUCCCUUGGCUCCCCCAUGUCGGAUUGAGGCUAGAGGAUUUCGUGGGAGAUGCUAGAAGGAAAGUGAAAAGUUUGUUGAGACAUUGGGUUGUUGGAGAUGAUUUGCCUGAGGAUUUGAAGGCUUGGAAAGACGUCUUCGAUGCCAACGACUGGGACUCUAUGCUCCUUAAGUAUAUUGUUCCAAAGCUUGGCGCAACACUCCGUUCCGACCUGCGUAUCAAUCCACGUAACCAGUCCAUGGAACCCAUUCACUAUGUCCUUCAAUGGUCCUCCAUCCUUCGACCUUCGAUCCUCUCUCAGUUAUUCGAAACAGAAUUCUUCCCUAAAUGGAUCGAGGUGUUACAUCUAUGGCUUAUCCAGCCAAAAGUCAGCUUUGAGGAGGUGGCUCAGUGGUAUUCGUUUUGGAAAGGUUCUUUCCCCGAGAAUAUCCAAAGCGUAUCUGGUAUCUCUAAAGGAUUCACCCGAGGACUCCAGCUUAUGAAUCAAGCGAUUGAGCUUGGACCAGAUGCUCCCUCGCAACUUCCCAAACCAGACUACAGAGCCGAACAAGCGCAACACGCGCUUACAAACUCUCCCUAUUCUCGUUUAUCAAACAACGGUGGCAGGGCGAAAACCAAUGCAUCCUCAUCACUUCGGCCAUCUGCUCGCACACAAGAAAUCACAUUCCGAUCCAUCGUCGAAGAAUACACAGCCUCGCACGAUCUUUUGUUUGUGCCUACCGGGCGUGCACACGAAAAAUCCAGGAUGCCGUUGUUCAGAAUUACUCCCUCGAUGGAUGGAAAAGGGGGUUUGUUGGUGUACAUAUUGGAUGAUGCGGUUUGGGCGGCACUAGAGGGUGCAGGAGGACCCGCGGAGGAGUAUCGGGCAAUCUCGUUAGAUGAGGUGGUUUUGAGGGCUACAAAGAGCUAG